CUUGAUCCGGUGAAACGCGUACGAAAGAGCCACGACGCACGACUUAUUCGUUCAUAGAAAAACGGAAAAUGUGCCCUCAAAUUUCGUUUCAAAUAUCUGAACUGCUUCUGCUGUUGCGUUACGGACAGAAAUUCGUUCCUUCCGGUCUCCGCAUCGGGGUUCGCCGUUAUCUGCGUCUUCUUUUUCAGGCAUCUGAGCCCGUCGGCACCACCUGUACCAAAAUGGGACAGCGACAGCUUUAAACCUUCUACGCGGGACGGAAAUCUGGCGUCUCAAGGGUACAUUGUUUUCUUCUCCUGUUCUCGUACUCUGUAAUUUCUGUAACUCUCCGUUCUAAACUCCAGCGGUCGAUGCACGAUGGCAGAAGCAGACACCGUGGUCCACAGUUGUCCUGCCACUUGUUUUGAAGUGGCAACAAGCGAAAGUAACAAAACACAGGCAGUCGCGACUGCAGUUACAGAAGCCACGAUCAGCACCGAAAACGUUGCCGCAAGAGAGCCUGCCCAUGGUGCGCCGAUAAGAAGUGACAGUGGCUACGGUGGCGGUGAAACCCCAGGCGCUUUCGCUGUACCCUCCGACGGUGUGAGUUCCGCUCCAUCCGGCUUAUAUCAAAGUAAAAAUCAGCUUCGGAAGCGACGGCGACAGGAACGCCAUGAGCGAAAAAAGGAGUUUUGGAAAGCGAAGAAGAAGGAGCUGAAAGCGCAGAAACGGUCCCAAGGUCUUCAGUCUGUCCGUGGUGGCGGUGACGAGGAAUCUCUGAGUGAAAGGAGAGGCGCCACGUCAGAGCAGAACUGCUACCUAGAGAGGGCUGAAAGAGCAGCAUACAGAGAGGGCGAAACCCCUCUUUCUGCCGGUUGCCAUGCUGAAGCUGGUGAGGGUCUUUGCGACAAGAGAAAACCAACCCGACGCGCCCCACGGCCCUCACUGUGCAAUCUUGCAGGCAUCGAAGUACCAGGCAUGGGUGAUUGCUGCUGCAGAAGAACCAGUAACGGGCAAGAAGUGUCGGCAGCAGGUCCGAACGCGAAGGAUUCAACUCCUGCUACGGCCUCAGUGCAUGACAAAGGCAUGCAGACGUCCAAUGUGCCAGCUGCCAUGCUGAUGUCGACAGCGGGCUCUGGGUGUAGUCGAUGCCCUGCGUGUCUGCACGGCUGCGUAGGAAUUGUCAUCGACUGCGAUUUCGAGCACCUCCAGACGGAACGAGAAGUCCUGAGUCUCGCCCAGCAACUCAUGUACUCGUAUGGCGCUUGCAGACAACACAACAAAGCAGUCCCCGAGCUCUCGUGUCACACAUAUGUUGGAAGCGACUGCCUGCGAAAUUCGAAACGAGUUGAAAUGUGCAGAGUCGCGGAAUGCAGGCGCAACCUGUGUCUUUCUGAGGGCAACCCGUUGUCAGAGUGCAGGCAUACAAUGCCUGGAGCUGAAGCUGCGGGAGAAAGAGAUGGCACUAGUUCACAGACCGCAGAACAAACGCACACCCCCGGCGAAGUGCCGACACAACACAGAGAGGGCAUCACUUUUUCGGAUUUCCCGCUUGAUGGUGAUAGUGGAAAUAUCGAUGUUUCCCGACCUUGCCAAGAAACGGAACAGAAAAGAGUGCUUCCUGUUUGCUUUUCCGUAACGGGUGUAGGUCCACAGUUGACUGCACACCUCAAUGCAUUUCAGGGUUUCCCGCGCUGGCAGUGCGAGGCGUAUACUCAACCCUUCAGUGAACUCUAUCUGAACCGGAAUCCUCGGCAGAGUACGGACUCCAGAGCGAAGAGAAAGGAAAGUGUAAGAAAAGUAGGAAGCACGCCGCAGCCAGUGGCUGCAGCAAACCCGAAUGUGAUGGAAGGGGCCACUGAAACAGUAGAAGAACCGCAAAUUGUCUACCUGAGUGGGGACGCCGAGACCAUUCUCGAAGACCUUCGACCUGGCUAUCACUAUGUGAUUGGCGGGGUGGUGGACCGCAACCGCCAUAAAGGAUUGACGUUUCGAAAGAGCAAGACGGAGAAGGUGCACGCUGCUCGACUUCCCAUUCGGGAAUAUCUGGGGAAAGAACUGGAGGGCUCGACUAUCUUGACUGUAAACCAGGUGGUGGAGAUUCUUCUUGGCUACCUUUCCACGCGCGACUGGCAUGCUGCUCUGGUCAAGACCUUUCCCGCUCGGAAAGGGAAACUGGACUCGAAACCCCUGUAGAUGCACGCAACGUAUUUCCGUGUCUGAACGAUUUUUGUGUUCAAGGUGGGGAACCAAAUAUCGCGGCUCUCCGAAUGCCAAGUACUGUCGUUCGAACGCGGGGCUGGCUAAAAAGGGGCAUCUCAUGAAAGAACAGAAGCACCGUUUUUCCCUCGUGCGAAAAAAACUGUAGUAUUCCCCUGCCGCAGUUUGUAUAUAUCCCGAAUCACAGCAGCAGUGUAUGCAGACGCUUUUCUUGCAUACGGCAUCUUUGUGUCAUCGUAUUUGUGGCACUCGGCCGAACAACGGGACCGAUUGGCUCUAGAUGUAAAUGGGCCUGCGCGAACAGAAUGUGCCUCAGCCGAUAGACAAGGGAUGUGCUUGGUUCGGAACUUCACCCGA